AUGGUUAAUGCCCCUCGUGAAGUAGGCGGCUAUAUUGCAUUACCUCUGCAAUUACAGGCGACAGGAUCUUUCCCCCGAGAAGCCACUCACUACCUUUACCUCAAACCGCACGAACCUAAAAUCCCCGACGAGGAUACACCUCGAUCUUUAUUCCUAGUGAAUAUCCCUGUGUGCGCCACCGAGCAGUCUCUAAAACACUUGUUCACGACACAACUUGAAGGCGGACGCAUUCAGGAAAUAUAUUUCUCAGAAAAUGCACCAGGAAAACAACCCGUUCCCACAGAGAAAUCAAGUCGGAAGCGCAAAAGAAUGACCACAGAAGAAAUUGAGGCCGGGCUGGACAUGUACUCCCUCCCAAAUAUCUUCGGCUGCGAAAUUCAAGAUAGUGGCGCGACAGCAAUAGUCGUCUUUGUGGACAAAGUUAGCAUGGAACUCACUCUCAAAGCUUCUCGGCGUGCCGCAAAGUCGGGCGCAUCGAUCCCAUGGGAAGACGUUGCAGGCUUAGGGUCGAAUGAAAUGCUACACCUGGGGCUCACCAGAUACGAACACCACAAAUCACUCCAAUACCCCUCGCGCAAGGAGCUCUUACGAUCAGUCAACGCAUACAUGACCGCCUACUCUAAACUCGAAGAAUCCCGCUCUCGAGAUAAUGCACGCAAACGCGCAAUACCGGACGAGGAUGGUUUCAUCACCCUUACACGAGGAUCAAGAGGUAGCGCACGGAUUGAAGAAGCGAAAGAAUCUGCUGAGAAGCAGAAAGAGAAAGCGAAGACGUUGGAGGACUUUUACAGGUUCCAGACGCGAGAGAGAAGGAAGCAGGAGCAAGAUCAGAUUGUGAAACGGUUUGAGGAGGAUAAGAGGAAGGUUGAGGAGAUGAGAGCGAGGAGAGGGAAAUUAGAGAUCAAUGUGGACUGA